AUGUUUCAACGAACAGGCGGAUUUUCGGGUUCACGAGCACGAUAUGUGCCUAAUGUUUCAGCUUCACGAGGUGUUUACCGAUCAGCUUAUGCUCGACCAUCGGGUCGUUAUGUCGCUCGACCAGCCGUCCGACCAGUAGUACCAGCCGGACGUGCACCUGGCGGUGCUGGCCUUCUUGCCGCUAUUCUUGGUCCUAUCGGUGGUCUAACUGGUUGCUUAUGCUGUCUAAAUACAAUCGGUGUUUGGGGUCUUUUCAUUACGGCAAUUCCAUUGACUGUCUUUAUCAGUCGAUGGUAUCGUGCCUACAAGAACCGUACUAACAGCGGUGCUGAAGAACUUCUUGCUCCACAAAUGCUUCUUAUGUUACUCCUCUCGAUCUUCGUUUACCUGUUAAAGAGAGAACUACAUAAUAUUGUUCAAACAAAUUUUGUUUGCGCCGCGCUCNAUGUUUAUAUUCUUCCAAUUCGAAUAUUGAAUAUCAAUGAUAAUUUCAUCCAAUUUCAUGUUAAUCGAACAGUAAUCGAAAUCGAUGAGAAUGAUGAAAACUGGUCGAAGAAGAGUUAUCUAUUGCCAGAAGCUUAUGAUGAAGAUGGCGAUUCAAUCACGUAUUCAAUAUAUUUACAAAAUUGGAUUAAACCAGAUGGAUUAUUCGAUUUCGAUGAAACGAAUUUAUUAUUAAAACCAAUGAAGAAAUUCGAUCGAGAAGAACAAAACAUCUAUCUUCUUCGUUUAAUUGCUCAUAAUCAAAAUGAUGCAUCGACUGAUAUCAUCAUUCUCAUUCGAGAUGUCAAUGACAAUGCACCGAAAUGCGAACAUAAUCAAACCGUCUUCCUCAUUUCUAAUCUCUCGGGUUUGACUUUCCUUUCAUUGAAUGCUACCGAUCUUGAUGAAGGUGACAAUGCUAAAUUAGAAUAUCGUUUAACGAAUCCAUCACCAGGAUUUAGUAUCGAUCGAUAUAACGGUCAGAUUAAAUUCGACUCGAAGAGAUGGAUGCGUUCGAACGAAUCGAUAUUAAUCGUGAAUGUUACCGAUCAUGGAAAACCUUUGUCAUUAUCGACCCGAUGUUUUGUCGAAAUCCAAUUCACAUCGAUUUAUCACAUUGACUUUCAUUCGAAUAUUUCCAUCAUCAAUCAAACAACGAUUCAUUUCAAUGUGAAAAAUCUUCAUCAUUCACUUGGCCAAUUUCGAAUCUAUGACAAACAACAGAUGAAAUUAUGUUCAAAUUGUUUCAUCAGUCUAAACUCAACAUACGAAGAUAUAUUCAAGUUGAAUUCGUCGACUUAUGAUUUAUAUCUGAAUCUAAAUUCGAUGUAUCUGAUGAGAAUUUUAACGAAUUAUUCGAAUAGAAAAGAAAACUUGUCGUUGAAUUUUCAAAUUCAAAUCAGCAGUUCAUUCAAUCCGUCGAUAAUCUCGAUGAAAAAUUACUCAAUAGUUAUCUUUUUCAAUAAAGUUCAUCUGUUAAUUCAUUCGAACAUGUUUUUCUUGAAAAUCGACCAAAACACUCCUCUUUACGAACGAAUUCCUCUUUACAAUCGUUAUCAUCAUUGUUUGAACAAUCAAUCGACUGAACUGGUCUUGUUCGACCCAACACAAACAUUUCAACUAGACGACAAUCUCAAUUUAGUCUUAAUGAAAUAUUUAAAUGUCAAACAACGAAAAUUCUAUCAAUUAAUACUCCAGCAGAACCCGAACAAUUCGACGAAUGACAUAAAACCUUGUUCGAUUCAGUUGAAUCUUUACAUUCUCGAUUCUUAUUCAUCUACACAUGUCUUACCUUAUUUCUCUCAUCCAUUCUAUAUUUUAACUAGUAAAAACAUGUCGGAAUUCUCUCUCCGAGCACUUCCAUCACAUGUCAGAUACGUUUCUUCCGUACCAGAUCUCAUCUCAAUCGAUUCAUUCAAUGCUUCAUUCACCGUCCGUUCAUUAGCAUUAUAUUCUUCGUAUUAUUAUGAUUUCCAAAUCCAAGCAAUCGAUUCUCAAACGCCUUCGCUGAGCAGUUCAAUUCCUAUUCGAAUCUUUUUCGGAAUAAACAAAUACCCACCUUACCUUUUAAUCAACUCGACAAGACUCUCGAUCGAAAUUUUCUCUUCAAGAUUUUUGUAUCAAGUCAAAGCUUACGAUCCGGAUAUAAUAUUUAACGAAGAAAUGAAUGUUUUAGUGCCUUCAAUAGAAUAUGAAGUCGAUCCAUCAACGAACAUCGAAAUCGAACGUUUCACCGGUCGGAUAUUUUUAAAGAAUUUGAAUAAGACAAAGAUUAAUUUUACAUUGAUUAUGACCGACUUCGGUCAACCAAAUCGAUUAAUCACAAAGCAAUCAUUAGUUUUCGACAUUCAAUCAAGAGAAAAUCUUUCGGUCUCGUUUCUAUUCAUACUCAUCUUUACUCUGUUCAUUAUCGUUUUACUUGGUCUUCUAUUAAUAUUCAUGAAUUGUUGUUGUAAAAAACGUCAGAAAUCUUUGAAAACUCAAGAUAAAACAACUUGGAAAAACAUUUCACCAACAGCACCGAAUACUUCCUUGAUCGACAACGAAUACUUAACAACAUCUUUACCUCGUGAACAACGAAUUCAUCCAACGCGUGCGAAAAGUGAUACAUUUCAACCUCGACGAAUGUUUCCCCAUCUUUCCUUAGAGAGGGUGAAUAUUCCAUACUCAUGUGAGAUUCUUUCUGCUGGAGAGGACUGUCAACAACGUUUGUCGAUGACAGAUAUCAACAAAUAUUUGGAACGUUUUGAAAAAAUCUAUAAUGACUCAUCGUCGCAACAAUAUUUACAUCAACCUGUUGGAUCUGUUGUAUAA